AUGCAAAGCAGCCGGGCUCCGCCGACACUCAGCAUCACCGCCGAGAGCAGCAUCCCGGCUGGCCUGCGCCUCGGUCCCGUGUCCGGCGCCUUCAAACUGGGCAAGUACCUCUCCGAUCGCAGGGAGGAGGGACCUGACGUUCUGUCUUACGCUCUAUUCCAGGUACGGAUGGUGAGAGGGGAACUGGUGGACGAAGCAGGCGGUCCCGCUGUGGAGUGGAUAGGCUUAAUUCGGGCUGCCAGACACUCACAAGAGCAGACCUUGGAAGCUAUCGCAGAUCUUCCAGGCGGACAGAUUUUCUACCGAGCUCUUCGAGAUGUCCAGCCGGGAGAGGAACUUACCGUGUGGUAUUCCAACUCCUUGGCUCAGUGGUUUGAUAUCCCGAUAACAGCCACCCCGACCCACGACGAAAAAGGUGAGGAGCGCUACAUCUGCUGGUACUGCUGGCGAACCUUCCGGUACCCCAACAGCCUCAAGGCCCACGUCCACUUCCACUGCGUGCUGAACAACGGCCGGGGCUUCUUGGGCUCGCCGGAGCACGCCAGGCCGGCCGACCUCUUCAGCCUCGCCCUCAAGCCGGCAGCAGCAGCAGCAGCAGCGCCGGCGCCUCUGAGGUCCACCACCUGCUCCGGGAGCGGCGGCCGCGAAGGCAUCAAGCGGGAGACGUCGGGCUCGCCGCCCUUCGCCAAAGGGCGCAAGGCGGCGGCCAAAGAGGACCAGGAGCGGGCCUUGGACAUGAGCGUCGGCGCGGGGCGGGCCCCGGGGCAGUUCCUGGGCCUGCUGGGCAGCGCCUCGUCGGGCAGCAACGGCUUGUCUUUCUACCCCGGCGCCCGAUCUGCCUUCAAGCCCACCGGCCUGGCGAAACCCAAGACCGGCCACCUGUGCCUCUACUGCGGCAAGCUGUACUCGCGCAAGUACGGCCUGAAGAUCCACAUGCGGACCCACACCGGCUACAAGCCGCUCAAGUGCAAGGUCUGCCUGCGGCCCUUCGGCGACCCCAGCAACCUCAACAAGCACAUCCGCCUCCACGCCGAGGGCAACACGCCCUACCGCUGCGAGUUCUGCGGCAAAGUGCUGGUCCGGCGCCGCGACCUGGAGAGGCACGUCAAAUAA